GUUCACUUAUCCCAUCUUGCUUUCAAAGAAAGUCACAAAUAUAUACAUACAUGCAGAUUAAUCAACUCCUGGAGCAGCUGGAGUUAAGGGCUCAACACAUAUAAACAGUCUGCCAGUUACAGGACUUUAAACCAUAACUUUCCAGACAGAGAGACAGAUCCUUAACUACUUGAACUCUGCACUACUCUAUUAGAGAUCUGUAACUGCCACUGCCACCAUCACAUCAGACAUCACAUCUUCACUGUGCACAGUCCAUGAGUCACCUAAACUAACUGCACUGCCUCGGCUCCAGUGAAUCUGGCACUUCCUGGCGUAUAAAUUAAGUGAUUUGAUUGUCUGUCACUCGAUAGCAGCACGGGUUGUGGAGAAGCAUGCGAUGCUGUGAUUGGCCCGCGCAGGCAGUGGGGGAGGGGUUUGUCUGGCCCUGGCCUGGCUGUCAGAUUGGUAAACUGAGGCAAGAGAUGGUGCUGCAGCCUGCAGGUAGUGAUCUGAUGGUGGAAAAGGCUUGCCGUGAUUGACAAAGCGUGGUUUUGUUUUUACAAGUUGGUAGAAAAGGGCGUUCUCCUCAAAACAAAUUUAAAGGAAAGAUAAUUUGGGACUUGAAAAUAGCGAAAACGUCGCGUGGGAUACCCUGUGAGCUUAAGGAACCAUCCGGUCUGAGGAGCACGAAUUUUGUGCAAGAAACUUCAAACAUUCAGCCAGCUAGCAAACAACCCUUCGGCCAUCACAAAGAAUGAAACGUUUCAAGAAAGCCCUGGACGACGCUGACUCCUCCGUGGUGUCAGACAGCGACACCUGCGAGGACGACACCGGCAGCUGCAGCUCCCCCCUGGACCUGUCGCAUCGAUCUGCGAAACGCAGGCGUCGGGGCAACCUCCCGAAGGAGGCCGUGCAGGUGCUGCGAAGCUGGCUGUACGAACACCGCUUCAACGCCUACCCGUCUGAGCAGGAGAAGCUCAGCCUGUCCGGGCAGACGAGCCUCUCGGUGCUACAGAUCUGUAACUGGUUUAUAAAUGCCAGGAGGCGGUUGCUCCCGGACAUGCUGCGAAAGGAUGGUAAAGAUCCCAACCAGUUCACCAUCUCCAGACGGACGGGGAAGGCCGAAGCGAGAGCGUCCGUGGUGCCCCAGUCCCCAGAAGAGACACCCCCUUCGCUCCCCCUGCUGCGGCCCUCCGUGAUCCGACCGGCCCCUGCACUGGACCUCGGCCUGCUGGGCAGUACGGCCGCGGCCAUCUUAGCGGGGGCCAGUCUCACUGCACCAGUGCAAUCGGACACGCAGGGACACCUGACUGGCGGCACUUCUGUGGAGGCCCGGGUGAGCCCGGUGUUGGGGGGUGGGCUCUUCAACACCCCACCACCCACGCCGCCCGAGCCCCGCCCACAGGACUUCAGUGACCUCCGCUUGUUGGUGGACGCCGCUCUUCAAAGAGCAGCAGAGCUCGAGCUUCAGCAGAGAGAAGGGGCCGCCAGUACGGGCCCCAUCACCGCUGCCACCACUGCCGAAGGAACUGGUAGCUCACUGGGGAAGCAGAGCGAGAGCCCGGCCCCUGGGCCCCAGCUGGCUAUUCCAGGAGUGGAGGGUGUUUACGAGCCUCCGGCAUGGAGUGUGAUGUGCGGGGAGCCCCGGCCGCCGGCCCCGGCCGGCUCCAUGGCUUGUGCGUGGGGCUCCACUCACACCCUCCUUCCUGUGCAGGAGGCUGUCAACUAGGCCCAACUUUUCCCUUUACUUCUUGCACCUUUUCCCCCAGACUUUUCAGCUCUGUCUCAUGGGGUCAGAACUGGCUGGACCAACGGGAUUGAUAUCUCCCGCUUUUGGUGAGAAACGGACAAACUCUGCCCCCCCCAUCCCACAGCUGAAAUGGGUGGUGCGUUUGGUGUGUUUACAGGUGCUCUGGAACAUUUUAUCACAAUUUACUUUUUUUUAAGGUUAUUUGACAGGAAAGGGACUAUUUUUGACACUGUAAAACCGCAUUCUGGAAAUGUUCUAACUGAAGUGUGAAGGGUGUGAAUUUUGUAAAGUAGAUGCUGAAA